AUGUCCUCCCGCACAUUCUCCAGAGCUCUCCGCUCGCCAUUGGCAAAGCAAUUAAGUGCCCCAGCUCGUCGCACCUUUGUUUCCGCCCUCAAUGCGUCAGCUAGACCUACUGCUGCCCGCGCUGUUGCGGCAACUCAACAGGUCCGAGGUGUGAAGACAAUUGAUUUUGCCGGCACCAAGGAAGAUGUAUAUGAGAGAGCUGACUGGCCUGCUGCGAAGCUCCAAGAUUACUUCAAGAAUGACACAAUGGCAAUCAUCGGAUAUGGUUCGCAAGGUCACGCCCAAUCGUUGAACAUGCGGGAUCAGGGUCUCAAUGUUGUUGUCGGUGUGCGAAAGAACGGUCAAUCAUGGAAGGAUGCCCAACAAGAUGGCUGGGUCCCAGGAAAGAACCUUUUCGAUGUCGAUGAGGCUAUCUCCAGGGGUACUAUCAUCAUGAACUUGCUCAGUGAUGCCGCCCAAAGUGAGACUUGGCCUGCAAUCAAGCCUCAGAUCACCAAGGGAAAGACCCUCUACUUCUCCCACGGUUUCUCCCCAGUUUUCAAGGACCAAACCAAGGUUGAUGUACCAACUGACGUCGAUGUCAUCCUCGUUGCGCCCAAGGGAUCUGGCCGAACUGUGCGAACUCUCUUCCGUGAGGGUCGCGGAAUUAACUCUUCCAUUGCUGUCUUCCAAGACGUAACUGGUCAUGCCAAGGAGAAGGCAAUUGCUCUCGGUGUUGGAGUUGGCAGUGGAUACUUGUACGAGACCACCUUCGAGAAGGAGGUUUACUCCGACUUGUAUGGUGAGCGUGGUUGCUUGAUGGGCGGUAUCCACGGCAUGUUCCUCGCACAAUAUGAGGUUCUCCGUGAGCAAGGCCACAGCCCCAGCGAGGCCUUCAACGAGACUGUCGAGGAGGCUACCCAGAGUUUGUACCCAUUGAUUGGCGCAAACGGUAUGGACUGGAUGUACGAGGCUUGCUCUACUACCGCUCGUCGUGGUGCCAUUGACUGGAGUGGAAAGUUCAAGGAUGCUCUGAAGCCGGUAUUCAAUGAUCUUUAUGACUCUGUUAAGACCGGAAAGGAGACCGAGAGGUCGCUUACCUUCAACUCGCAACCCAAUUACCGUGAGAAGUACGAAAAGGAGAUGCAGGAGAUCCGUGAUUUGGAGAUCUGGAGAGCAGGAAAGGCUGUUCGCUCUCUCCGUCCCGAGAACCAGAAGUAA